AUGGACCUCCGCGUGGCCGUCUACAACGCGGCCAGGGAGGGGAAGCUGAAGCUCCUGCAGAAGCUGCUGGGUAGCAGGAGCCACGAGGAGCUAGAAGAGCUGACUGCCGGGCCCGGCGGGGGCGAGGGCUCAGGGGGCACCCCGCUGCUGAUCGCCGCCCGCCACGGGCACCGCGAGGUGGUGGAGUACCUGCUGGACCACUGCGGCGCCCGGGUGGAGGCGGGCGGCUCGGUCAGCUUCGACGGGGAGACCAUCGAGGGGGCGCCGCCCCUGUGGGCCGCCUCGGCCGCCGGCCACCUCCACGUGGUGCGCAGUCUGCUGGAGCGGGGGGCCUCCGUCAACCAGACCACCCUGACUAACUCGACCCCGCUGCGGGCGGCCUGCUUCGACGGGCACCUGGAGAUCGUGCGCUACCUGGUGGGGGAGCGGGGGGCCGACCUGGAGGUGGCCAACCGCCAUGGCCACACCUGCCUGAUGAUCUCUUGCUACAAGGGCCACUCAGAGAUCGCCCGCUACCUGCUGGAGAGGGGGGCGGACGUGAACCGCCGCAGCGUCAAGGGGAACACUGCCCUGCACGACUGCGCUGAGUCGGGAAGCCUGGAGAUCCUGAAGCUCUUGCUCGACUCGAAGGCCCGCAUGGAGAAGGACGGCUACGGGAUGACCCCGCUGCUGGCGGCCAGCGUGACCGGCCACACCAAUAUUGUGGAAUACCUCAUUGAGGGGGCGCUUAAGGAAGAGGAGGAGGAAGUGGAGGGGAAGAGGGGGAUGAAGGACGCUGGUUGUAGCGGGGUGGGGUGCGACGAAGACCACGAAGGCUGCUCGGCCUCUUCCCUCAGUGAAGGGCAACCCCAGGUUUACUGCACUAGGGAGGCUGCCGUGGAAGCCCUUGAGCUGCUGGGAGCCACCUUCGUGGAUAAGAAGCGGGAUCUCCUCGGGGCCCUGAAACACUGGCGCCGGGCCAUGGCCCUCCGGCACAAGAGCAGGUGUUACCUGGCCAAGCCGGAGCCUCGGCAGUUGGUGCUGGCGUACGACUAUUCUCGGGAGGUGAGCACCAUGGAGGAGCUCGACUCCUUGGUGACCGACCCGGACGAGAUGCGGAUGCAGGCGCUGCUGAUCCGGGAGCGCAUCCUCGGGCCGUCUCACCCGGACACCUCUUACUACAUUCGCUACCGAGGGGCCGUCUAUGCGGACUCGGGGAACUUUGAGCGCUGCAUCAACCUGUGGAAGUACGCCUUGGAGAUGCAGCAGGGCAACCUGGAGCCGCUGAGCCCCAUGACGGCGAGCAGCUUCCUCUCCUUCGCAGAGCUUUUCUCGUACGUCCUCCAGGACCGUUCCAAAGGCACCUUGGCGACCCAGCUGGGUUUUUCGGACCUCAUGGGGGUUCUCAGCAAGGGCGUCCGCGAGGUCGAGAGGGCCUUGCUGCACCGGAAAGACCCCAUUGCAGACUCUGCCCAGUUCACCAAGGCUUUGGCGAUCAUCCUGCACCUGGUGUUCUUGCUGGAGAAAGUGGAAUGCUCUCCGGAGCAGGAGCACCAGAAGCGCCAAACCAUCUACUGCUUGCUCAAGUGCAACCCGCGGGGCAAGAACGGCUUCACCCCUCUGCACAUGGCGGUGGACAAGGAGACCACCACAGUGGGCCGCUACCCCGUGGGGAAGUUCCCCUCCCUCCAUGUGGUGAACCUCCUGCUGGAGUGCGGGGCCGACCCGGACAGCCGCGACUACGACAACAACACCCCCUUGCAUGUGGCUGCCCGGAACAACUGCCCACUCAUCAUGAGCGCCCUGAUGGAGGCGGGGGCCCACAUGGACGCCACCAAUGCCUUCAAGCAGACAGCAUACGAACUGUUGGACGAGAAGCUCCUCACCAAGGCCAUGAUGCAGCCCUUCAAUUAUGUCACCCUACAGUGCCUUGCUGCCCGAGCCCUGGACAAGCACAAGAUCCCCUACAAGGGCUUCAUCCCGGAAGAGCUGGAAGCCUUCAUCGAACUCCACUAGGGGCGCGAGGCUAUAUCUGCUGCCGUUGCCCCCCUGGGUCUUGGUGGCCGGGUGGG